UGGAUAACCGGAACCGAAAUGUAUGUUGGGGUUCGGUGAUUGAAGAAGUCCUGAUCGAAAUCUUCUCCAAGCUAGACUCUGAUUCGCUGAUAACGGUCGCAAGCGUAUGCCAUUCGUGGCGCUGUGUGGCCCAUUAUCCAGAGUGCUGGGAUUGUGUCCACUUAUUCAAUCGUGAAAAGUUCUUAGACAACAACAUCAAAGAAACGAUAAUGCCCAUUGAUCGAUAUAGGCUGUUCAGGGAGUCUGAAUACAUGAUAAGGCAUGUUGGAGACAGAGCCAAGUCGAUUUGUGUCCACCCAAUUGCUGAUGACACAACGGUCCGGAUGAUCGCUGACAGAUGCCCAUCAAUUGAGUCAAUCUCCCUGCGGGAGUGUGUUCGAAUCUCACCAGCUUCUCUCCUCUAUCUAAUCCACGCUUGCAAGCACCUGAAACUGAUCGAUCUUACGUUCUGCUCCGCCGUCUCCGCAUCAAUGAUCAAAGAAAUGGGGCAAUCUUGUCCAAACCUGGUGGGACUCAAUUUGGGCCGUCUACAAGUGACAGAAGAAAUGGCAAGAAAGAUGGGGAAAUUCAUGCGGAAACUCAAGUGGCUCAACCUCAACAAUGCCACUAUAUCUUCUCGAGAUGUGUGUAACAUCCUAGACUCGUGUAAUGAGCUACACCACGUUAGCCUCAGAUGGUGCCAUCAACUGAUCAUGAACGACGAGCUCCAUAACAGGGUCAGCAGCAUUGCAGAGUUCGUGUACUCCCCUCUGCCGAUUUGCAGAGUUCCAUCCCCAGAAUUGUCCCGUUAUCCAAUCUUUUAUCCCACGAACCUUUUCCCCGUAGAAUAAUUUAGAAAUAUAUUGCAUGUAAAAAUAAGUCCAUCCACAUUUUAUUUAAUCUUAAAUAUUACGUAAUAGACGUACAUUAUUACUGGGAAAAUGAUAUUUUCCCUUAUAUAUUAAGGUAAUUGUUAUUUUCCUUAUAUUUCUUAU